GCAACCUGGGGACGCUAUUGCAACGACAUUUUGUUUGUGUCCAAUGCUACCGAUGACAAGCUGCCAAUCCUUCUUUUCAAUCAGACUGAUAACUUUGAGAAUCUGUAUCUGAAGACACGAGAAGCGUUUCUAUGGAUUUAUAAAAACGUCGUGAGCUACUCACCAAACGAGUCAUUAGCAUUUGGCCAUGAAUACAAUCUUCAUAACUUCAGAUAUCAUAGCGGCGGAGCCGGUUACGUACUAAGCCAUGAAGCUGUGCUGAGAUUAGGAGCACUUGGUUUCAAUUAUCAUCCCGCUUGCGAUCAAAAGAUACCUGCUGAGGAUCUUUAUUUGGGACAGUGCUUAAUGGCACUGAAUGCAUCCAUAAUCGAUGGUUCCGACGAAAACGGUGGUUAUAGGUUUAUGCCAAUUGGUAUUUGGGAUCUAAUAGAGAAUGGAGCACCAAAGUGGCUAAAUGCCAAUUCCAAAACUAAAUUGAAGACAAGCUUCUCGUGCUGCUCUCCACAUUUCAUUUCCAUGAACUAUGCAAAAGCAGAUUUCCAGUAUUUCAUGGACUACUUCUUGCACACACUGAAAGCAUACGGAAUACAGUUCAAAUGA